CCAAGUCGUAUACCGCUGAGUCACUCGCACCACAACACGUCGUCGCAAAAGAGAAGCAGGCAGGCACGCAACAACUAUGGCAAUUGCUUCGCACCGCCUUAUCUCCAGCUCCUCCUCACCCACAGUAACCGCCAUCUCAUCCUUCCCUCCAAAAUCAAAUACCCUAAUUUCAAAUCCGAACGCUUCCCCCAAUCUUCAACUCCCAAAACGCAGUCGUAGAGACGUCGCUUUGCUCUCCCUCGUCGCUCUCAUCCCUUCGCUCUUCCGACCCGACGCGGCAUCCGGAUUCUCCUUCGGCAUUUCAGGACCAAAGGAUUGGCUCCGCGAGCAGAAGAAGAAGGCCUCCAGGUUCCUCCUGGCCCCGAUUGAUGCCUCCCGAGAGAGCCUCGUCGCGGCUCAUCGACUACUCACGGCUACGGAUUCGGAUUAUACGAACAAGGAGAUGGAGGAGGUUCGGAGAUUGUUUAGAUCUGCUGCAAGGGAUUGUGUUAUAGAGGACAGGAACUCGUUUGUUGCAUUUCAAGCCAAUACAGGCGUUGAGGUUUGCACAUUCCGUCUGGUUGUAAAGAACGCAUCGUCGUUGCUUGGUGAUAAGGAUCCUGUAAAAUUGGAAGCCGAGUCUAUGCUAAAUGAUCUUGUAAGAUCAUUCACUUCUCUUAAUGGUCUGGUAAAUGAGACCGACGCUCAAUUUGCCGCUGAAAGGUAUGUCUCUUCUAUCAAGAAAGAAGGUUGCAGAUUCUCUCAUGGAUACCUUAUCAUCCCUAGACAAAUUUGAGCAAGGAAUCAAGGACUGCCUUGACGCUUGACCAAUUUGUAGGAAAAAACUAUCUAGUGGAUAUCAUGCUUGAAAUUCUGUAGAUGCAUGUAUAUUGUGGAUUUGAUUAUCUCUCGUUGCUUGUCUAUUAUGUUUCUUGAUUUUUGCCCUUUUCAUGUGCUUCUACCAUGUUUUGUGCCAUUUACUUCAAUAAGUUAGAUAUUUAUAAUCUAGCAAAGUUAUUGCAGUCUUAGUUUCUCA